AUCAUUCUAGUGUGUGACUAUGUGUGAGAAGUAGUACUAGUCCUACUAAUAAUGCUUAAAAGCUAGUAAUUCCUUUGCUUUCCUCUCUGUCUUACUACUUUCGACUCUACGGCUUCCCUAUAAUUUACACUUAAUUCCUCUCUCCCAUCUUUCAUAAAUCCAAAAACCGACAAACCACAACGCGUGGAAUUGGUGAAGUUUUAUUUAUUUAAAAAAGGAAGUUAAUUUCAUUAGUUCAUUGAUUCAUUCAUCUUCUUCAACCAACGGGAGAGAAUCAGCCAAAUUUGCCUUCUUUUGUUUUCAACCCAUAUUAUAAAAGCACCCCUUCUAUGAAUGGUGUACUUUUAUUAUAAGUCAAGUUUUUCAUACUUCUCUCAUACUGCCUUACAGCUUCUCCUGCUCUGCUCUAUUAAGUCUUUUCAUUAUUAUUUGUGGGAUGAACAGCAAGUUCAAUUAAUCAAAAGCUGCUGCUGCCAUAGAUAAGGGGUGUUAAGUGUAACUCUACAGUUUUUGAUGAACAGAAGGGUAGUAGUAGAGUGGGGGUGGUGGGGUUGCUUAUAGGACAAACUGCUCUGCAAAAAGGGGCUCUGAAAAUUUUGCCAUUCUUCUUCUCUCAUUCCUAUCUAGGUAAAUAGGAGCUGUACUUCAACCCCAGUGUCAUCAAUAUAUUUCCUUGUUGGGAUCACCAAAUAUUUAUUCUCUCUGCAUUUCAAUCAAACUUGAAACUAUACAAAAACAGAUCUGAUUGAUUGCUUGUUGGGCUGCUUCUGCUUGCUGGUUGCUGCUCUGUUGUUUCAUUUCAUCAAGGCCCCCCAUAGCAUUUACUUCGUGAGUUUAAAGUUUCCAUCUUUGUCCUUCCCUACUUUACUUUUGGAAGUUCAAGAAAUGUACUGGUUUUUCAGGUCCUAAAACUGGCCCUCUGGUUUUAAUGAAUCAAGUUUCAAUUUUUUUUUUUGGAACUUUUCUCCAACUGGGCUCAUUUCAAAUUGGCCAAAACAAAAGUCGUUUUUGCCAUUUUCCCUUUUGGAGGGAAUACUUCAUCUCCUCUGCAAUUGCUUAACUAGUUGAGUGGAUUGUGUUCAUACUUGGUUGUCUUUCCUGCAGAUUCUAAUACCAAAUUAACAAAUUGUUGAGCUGGGUAUCUGCAAUAUUAUCGGCAAAACAGAAAUGGCUAAUCAGACUUCCAUUUAAGUGGUAAGUUUCUGAGAGAUUGUCAAAGCAAUCCCAGUACAAUAAACUUCUAUUCUUAGCGUUCCAUCUCAAUUGGUUUAACUUUUCACCCAAAAAUAGUAACACUUGCAAUAUCACCGGAUUGCAGAUUCGAUCAGGAAAUCAAACACAACUUUUAGUCAGUAUUGUUGGAUUAUCAGCAAAAACUACAGGAAUCCAAAAAAGAGAUUUGGGUUCAUAAAAUGGGCAAAACAGGAAGAGAUUGGACACAGAUCUACGCGAUCUACGGGAUGGAGGACUGGCACACACCAUUUUUCCUGCUAAUCCACGCCGUAUUCUUCUCGGCACUCUCUGUUUUCUUCCUCCUUUACUUCGAGCCCAUAUGUUACUUCACUCAGCAUUUUAUCCCCGUCAUCGGGCCGAGCUUGGCCCGAUUCCUAGCUGGCUUCAUGGGCUCAGUAACCGCCUUAUCCGCCGUCUGCCUCUUCUUCGCCGCCGCCAACUUCUUCUACUCCUCUGUUUCGCUCCACUGGGAAAUGUCCCAGCGCAUCGUGAACGCCGUCUCCGACUGGUCGACGGUGAAGACGGCCCUCGACCUGGGGUGCGGCCGGGGAAUCCUGCUCAACGCGGUGGCCAUGCAGCUGAAGAAGUCGGGUUCGUCGGGUCGGGUUGUGGGUCUGGAUCCGAACCGGACCCGGAAGGAGGGCUUGUCGACGACGCUGAGGACGGCGGGGAUGGAAGGGGUGCAGGAGUACGUCACGUGCAGGGCAGGUGACCCGAGGACGCUUCCGUUCAGCGACAACUAUUUCGACGUGGUGGUAUCCUCUGUGUUCGUCCAUACGGUGGGGAAGGAGUUCGGGACCAGAUCGGCGGCGGCGGCGGCGGAGAGGAUGAGGGUGCUGGGGGAGGUGGUGAGGGUGUUGAAGCCCGGUGGGGCCGGGGUGGUGUGGGACCUGGUGCACGUGCCGGAGUACGUACAGAGGUUGCAGGAGUUGAAGAUGGAGGAUAUCCGGGUUUCGGAACGGGUUACGGCGUUUAUGGUCAGCAGCCACAUCGUGUCGUUCAAGAAGCCCAAUCAUCAUUUCGUUGGGUCUAAUGAAGUUAGGCUGGAUUGGAGAUUCAACAAUCUUUGUUGAUGAUAUUGAUUUGUUAAUUACUACCAACUUUUUUUUUUCCUUGUUUUUGAUAAGGAAAAAAAAAAUACAUUACUAUAUAUGAUAUAAGAUAUGUAAAAGAAAAAAAGGAAAUCAUGAAGACCGCAAGGCAAAAUGGAAAGUUCAAGUUACAAAAUAUACAGUGUGUUUUUUUAUUUUGUCGAUUUUAAUUUAGAAAGUUAGUUUGGUAGUGAACAAGAAUCAGGGUGAACAAAGUUGGCACCAGAUUCUUUGCAUGAUAUUUACUUAUUUAGUGUUUGAAUGAGAAUAUUUGGUGCGCUUUGUAUAAAGUUGAUGAAGAUCAUGAGAGGAUAUUAAUAAGUGAUUGAGUUACUAUAUCUUAUGAUAUUCUCACGUUUCAUUUUUUUUUUCUUUUUCACAUCAAAGGUGUAUAAUAUCCUGUGCAAAAUCAUAAAGAUCUUGUCCGAAGAAUGUUACUAUUAAACAUACUACAAAGAAUAGAGAAUCGAAUGAUGUAACUAGAGCCACUUUCACUCAAGUUAUUGAGAAUUAAACUCUUGAUAUUGUGGGAAGGAUUCAACUCCUGCUACCCAUUAG